AUGGACGCCGAGGGAGCGGAGGCGGCGCUCCAGGCGGAGAGCGAGGCGGACCGCAAGCUGAAGGAGCUCUCCUCCGUGAUCAAGCGCUCGGAGCAGCGGGAGCUGCCGGCGGUGGAGGGCUUCGGCAUCAGCCUCAAGGGCCGGCGCCUGGUGGUGAAACCUGCGGUGGCACCCACGGAGGCGGCGGAGCUUUCCGACAAGACGAAGCCGCAGAAGGGGCAAGCGCAGAAGGAGCGCCGUGCUUGGAUGCACCUGCUGAACGUGGGGGACAUCGACGAGGACUCUCCGCGGUGGCAGAAUCUCAGCAAGAGCGAGCAGCGGCAGCGCCAAGAGGGCCGGAAGGAGCGGCGCUGGCGGAUCAACAACUCCAACUUCGCGAUCCACCCCCAGCGGCUCAGCAUCCGCAACAUGCCCACCUUUGUGGAUGCCAACAAGCUCCGCGAGGUGGUGGUGAAGAAUCUGGCGGAGGUCAAUGGAGCAGAGAAGCGGAAGGAACGCCAGCAGCUGGCGCAAUCAGCUGUGGUCAAGGCAUGCCUGGUGCGGGACAAGGAGCGGCGCGAGGAGAGCGGGGCGCGGAGGUCCAAGGGCUUCGCCUUCAUCGCCUUCAAGGACCACGACUCAGCCAUGAAGACGCUCCAAUUCCUCAACGACAACCCGCAAGCCUUCGGCGGGGGCCGGCGCCCCAUCGUGGAGUUCGCGGUGGAGGACAAGCGCAAGCUGCGGAUGCAGGAGGAGGAGCGGAAGAAGUUUGAAGCGAAGCUCAAGAGCAAAGAAGGCAAAGACGGGCAAGAAGGGCAAGAAGGGCCAGAAGGGACAGAUGGUGCAGGGAAGGAGGGCAAGGAGGGCAAGGAGGCGAAGGAUGGGGAAGAGCCUGCGCCAAAAGCUCGCCCAAAGAGGAAGCGGCCAAAGUCUGCCGACUCCGACAAAAAGGGCCGCGGCGCGCGGCAGCGCGAGAAGCGCCGGGCGCAGAAGGAAGCAGAGUCCGAGCGCCUCAAGGCCAGAGAGCAGCAGAAGCAGUUCAAGGGCCAGCUGCGGGAGCGUGCCAAGCAUGAGAAGAUGGUGCAUGCGAGGAACGUGAAGAAGCCCGAGAAGCUGCCAGAUUUCGCGGGGCCCACGAGGCGUGGGCAGCUGGGGGACGACUUCGAGCUCAGGGCUUUGGAACGGUUCCGCGCCGGCGGAAAGAUGUGACGUGCCUUCUGGCAGACUGGCGCUUUCUGGCGCGCAACGGAGUGGUGCAGUGGGUCCCAGUUGUUGCCAUUCUGUUUUGAGCGCCCUUCUACAAGGAUUGGUGCUUGGUGUUACAGAAUUUCUUGAGCCGAGUUCUCACUCUUGCAAGGACCGAGCCCCUUGUCAAGCGAUGCUUAGAGGGCUGUCCUGGGCAUUGCAUUUGACAGCAAUGCUCGGCACCGAUAAUGUUUGUUGCCAGCCUUUGCAUUUGGACGACCUUGGCAUCUUUCCCCUCGCCAAAUGCAGAGAGCUGGUCCAUUUGUCCCUUUGCACUUCAGUUCAGAUGGUGGGUGAGUUUGAUACGCAGUGCGCGGAUCACCGCCUGCGUCUGACUGCGUGCGACAGUGACUGUUGCGCCUUUCAUUAAGCCGAGGGGAC